UGAGAAGGCAGACUGCACCGCUGUCUCUGUUAUUACUGCAUGUUUAUCACGGGUUUGACAGUCUGAAGUUCCUCUCCAAACAAACUAGUUUACAUUGAAUCUUAUAGUAAUCGUCCUGCACACUCGGGGUGAACAUGUAGAGAUGGAUUUCAUGAAGCUGUUUGGCACUGUUAUCGCCGUUUUGUUCCACCCUGGAUCCGCUUCUAAAAUAAAUGGCCAGAGGAUCUGUCGGCGUGGGACAGAGCGCCCUUGCUACAAGGUGUCCUACAUCCAGGACAUCAGGCGGAGGGUGACCUUUGAGGAUGCCAGGCAGGCCUGCAGGUUGGAUGGAGGCGAGUUGCUCAGCAUCGAAACAGAAAGUGAGCAGCGACUGAUAGAGAGGUUCAUACAACAGCUGCAGGCUGGAGAUGGAGACUUCUGGAUCGGGCUCCGCCGCAGCCCAAAGAGCUUCAGGGCAGGGACCACCAGCCCAGGCUGCCCCUCUCAGUACUAUUGGCUGGAUGGAAGCAAGGCCAAGUUCAGAAACUGGCACUGGGAUGAGCCGUCCUGUGGUGCGGAAAUGUGUGCAGUUCUGUAUCACCAACCCUUGGCACCACCUGACGAAGAAGGUCAUUUCCUCUUCCAGUGGAAUGACGACAACUGCAACUCCAAGAACAACUAUGUCUGCAAAUACCCAGAAGAAAAUGUACCAGCAUUUACUGAGGAAGGGAACACAGCACAUGCAGUUCCAACUCUGAGGCCAAACUUAUUCUCAACUACAGAAAGUGACGAGAGGAUAAAAAUAGGGCUGCCUGAAUCAUCAGUGUCUCUCCCAGACGACACCCUGUAUGUUUCCUACAUCCUUUAUGCAGCUAUUCCUGCUGUACUGCUUCUGCUGUUUGCAGCUGCUGGCUUCCUCUGCUACAAACAGCAUGCUAAAAGGAGGAAGACAGAAACGGAAAGUUAUCCCGGCAGACCCAAACCCUGGAUGUCAACAGCAGCUUCACCUUGCCCUGUACAAGGACCUUACGCCUUUAGUGACAUUACCAAACUGCCUCACACUGCUCUGGACAGCAGCAUGGCAGAAAACAUCAUGACAAAGUACUCAUGCUCUCCUUCCCAGGACUCCCAGUGUGACGAUUAUGAGAAUGUGUCAUGCACGGACAGGGAGAGCGGCUUUGUGAACAAUGACAUCUAUGAGACCUGCAGAGGUCAGAGCCGACGCUGCCGCAGUCAAACUGGUUGGGUGGACAAUGAAAUCUAUGGAUAACACUGUUGAUGUUUAUUGGGUUUCUGUGAGUGUUCAUACCCUCAUACCAGCUAACAAAUAUGACCAAGCUAGACAGAAGAACACAAUGUUCUCCAUCCCCUCUCUUCCUCUACACCCUAUUGGUUACUCAUGUUUACACGACGACUUAACAUAUGGCUGUGUGUAUCUUCAGUGUUGCAUCCUGAGCAUCCAGCAUGCAAAGCUGCAAGUCAGACUGAUGCUUAUAGCAGGGUUCCCAAAUUUUGGUCAACUGUGACCCCAUAUUUAGGUCCCAAAAUUUUUACACCACCACUAACAGUGCUCUGUAGUUGUCAUGUGAAUCUGGGCAUGGCAUUAGAUGGAUUAUAUCAAAAUUAUAAUAUAUUUCAGAUAUAUUUAAUACGUUUUAUUAAG